CAACAGAAGGCAAAUAGAAGAUUUGGAUGAAAACAAAUGAGCAGUCAUUGUGCUUUACAGAAGGAAAGUUUGGGCUCUGUUUAAAAAGCGUUGUCGAUGGACAGCACGUCCAUUAUAACGCAAGUUAACAAGGACGAUGAGUCGGCAGAAGUGAGCCCCUACACACAAAACAAACGUGAGUACGCUUUUACGACUUCCAUAUUGCUCACUUUGCUUCGAUACAAGUACGCAGUUACCGGCGCGAAUUUUGCAUCACAAGGUUUUGUUAGCGUGGUAAGCUUAACUUCACCUAUAGAGAAUAGUCCGAAACUAUCUCUUUUCGAGCUCUCUUACUUCAAGUUGCAACAAAAGUCUCUCUUUGUGGUCAAUCUAGUCAGUGAAAAUCGUUACUCUAGCUUUUGAUUUUAUCAAUCGAGUUAGUUGUUGGCUUGCAAAUGACGUUUAGCAUUUUGUCAACCUCGAUUUCACCAUCUGAGCACGAUUGUUCUCUCUGCUCAACUUUUUAUUUCUCUUCUUCUGCAGUACCUUCUUCAGUCACCAAAAAGCCAAGGAAUCGGAACAUUUUUUCCUCAUUUUUUUGCUGUUUUGGCGCCCAGUCUGCUGCUGCUGCCGGAGGUCCAUACAGAACUGCUGUCACCCACACGAAUCACAACCACAAUCACAAUGAAAACUCGCUUAGUAUCUCCACUGAAGAAAAAGAGCCAAAGGUUAGCAUUUCUAAAUAGAGAUCGAUACUCUUGUUUUACAUAUCUAUCGUGCAGGUGUUCGCUUCAAGUUAUCCACACAACGUUUAAUUUGAAAGCGAUCUCCGAUCCCAUUUCCGUUGGUGCUUGUGCAUACUCGCAAAUGUCGUUCUUCGAGCAAUUCAAGGGUAUAAAUUCGUAUCUUCGGAUCAUUGCGUAACAGCAACCCCUUUUUCCUUCUUUUAUUCCGUCACUUGAGAGACUUCGCUUUGCAAUAGAGCUGUUUGGUAGGUGUAUUUUUUGCCAUUUUGGUGUGAAUUUAAUAUCCGAAUUAAUAAGAUUCUCAAGGGCUCCGUCAUGUUGACAUUCCAACUUGUCUGUUUCUUUGAAGGAACGUGCGUUUUGAAAUUCAAAAGGCUUCUCUGUGCGUUCUUUUCUACCGCGCGCUUGCUUUCCUUUAAUCUUCUCCUCUAAAGGUAUUUAAACGUUGCUAAAUACUAAAAUUAGGCGAAAGGAGACAGAAAAUGUCGGGUGCACUCUUGAAGUACUCUCAAUAUAAUAGCACGAUCAUGGCCGUUGUCUUUCGGUAUACUUGUUUGUGUUUGACGUAAACUCUUAGAAUUAAUUUCUUCUCCAGUAUAGCACCUAUUUCGACCUAACUGCGGAAUCGGUUUCGUAGGGGAAAUAGUGCUUGAUAAAUCUUACAAUGGAUACGACGUGCUCCUUUUUUUGUGGCCACGAACAAGGAACAUUCCGUACUUUUACUGUUUGCAUGAAUUCCGCAAAAUAGAAGAUGAUGCGUGCACGGAAAACGAACUCGAUUGACGCAAAUUUCCAAAAGAUAACAUAUUUAAGAUUUUAAAUGCCCUCCUUUGCUUUACUAAACACAGAAGUCUUGCUUUAACUCCAGAUCGGAUGGGAUAAGUUAGUAUAAGAACUUGAAACUAUUUCCUGUAAAAGGAAAUAGUUGAGCUUUUUACCAAAAAGAAGGAAGACCUGUGUAAAUUCAGUGCUAAAUUAACGAGUCUUUUAUGAAGCAAAGAAACAUCUUUGCUCUUGAUUUUGCUCCUGUUUCAUGUACAUUUUGUUGUGAUCAAUAUUUGAUGAGAAUUCAUAGCAGAUAGACAGUCGUUAAUUGUAUUGUAUAAUUUUCAGUGUUGAUUUAAUUUGCGCUUUGGAAAAUGUGUACAGAUCCAGCUAUUAAUUUUUAACUUUUAGAAGGGCCGUUUUUGCAUAGUAAAGGUAUAUUCAUGACACUGUUUAUGCCUCAUUUAGGAGAAUAAAUUUUUAGUCAGGGUUAAGUUGUAAAAUCUGAACAAGCUGCACUGUAUUUGUCUUUGUUGUUUUGGCACAGGGACUUGUAUGAAAUAUUGUUAUUGUAACCCUACCAUUUUUGCAAGAAUUUUGCUUUCCAUUCUGCCCUUGAUUUUUAGAUGGAGACUUUAAAUAUUUUAUGUUUGGUUUCUUUGACAACCUUUCAUGGUUCCCAAAAUUUCAAUAAACCCUGAGGGAGUCAUUUAAAAUUGCCCAAUUACAUGUAUGAGUGAGAUUUUUGGACUUUGAACCACCAGUAUUUCUUACCAAAACUGCCUUUGUCUAUAUUUCAUGAUGUGAUUGAUGGUCAUACUCAUAACUAAGUUAUUUUAAAGUUAAGUUUUUGUCAUGUUCGAGGACAUGUUUGUCUUAUGAAGGUAUGUUUAAAUAUUGACUCACGUAAAUGAAUUUCUAAUUCCUUGUCGCUUAUUUGAAUUGAAAAUGGUACCAUUUGUCAAUUAGGACAAACUCGAGAUACUUAUGAUAUAGAUCCGGUUUUAUAUUUACCCGGAGGUUUUGACGAAAAGUCCUCAAAGCUUUAUGUGAUUGUGAUAAAAAUUGUUUAUUCUUUUUCUGUUAUUUCCUUCUUCAGCCCUGUAAAUAUCUACUUCCUGCUGUCAGACAUCAGGAUAUGCACAAAAAAUGUAUUGUAAUAGACUUGGAUGAAACACUGGUUCACAGUUCAUUUAAGGUAAAUAUUUACUAAAUUUAUCAGGCUGUUCUGGGUCAUCAACAACAAAUGAAAAGAGAGGAGAAAAAUUAAAAGCAAGAAGGGAAUCUUGUAGAUGUAUUGCCAAGAAAUAGCUUUUGAAUUUAGGUGGACAAUUCUGCUUAGUGGCUAGACAAUCCUCCCUUCUCUGAUGCAUACUAAACAUUUUUUUUAAAAAUAUCUUUAUUAUUACAGGGUUUUUUUAAAAUUGAGGAGAUUAAUGCUUAAUUGACAGGUUGGAAAUAUAAGUUAUUGAUGGGCAAAUCUGUCGGUAAUAAAUAUUAGCCUUUAAUCAAAGGUGUCUUAGAGAGUAUAAUGCCAAAAUAAUUAUGUUUAAUUUGUUUUUACAUAUAAGUUGUUAUUGGGUACCAUAUAUGAAGUUAUAUAAACUUUUAGCUAGCAGUUUGGAGAAAGUUCACCCUCAAAUGAAAGAAACACAUUUGCAAACAUACUCCAAUUUGGGUAAAAGCAAAAUUUGGAAUAUUACAUCAUUUCACAUUAACUUAUAGCCUGUAUGGAAGUGAGAAUAGAGCAUUUAUUUCCUCAUAGUUUACAAACAGGGACAAUGUAAAAUUUUUCAAGAAAGUUUAUACUUUAAAAAAAAUUUGCAGUAUUUAAAUCUCUAAUGCUUUUUUUUUUUUUUUUUUAUUGUUCAUAUAAGCCUGUCCAUAAUGCAGAUUUCAUUGUUCCUGUGGAGAUUGAUGGCACAAUUCAUCAGGUUUGUCAAAUCCUUGUUUUUCUUUUACAAUUUUUUCAAAGUUGUGUUAAAACAUAGAAGCCCAUCCCAAGGAUAUUUGUUGCCUAAAAGAACUUUUUUGAACUAAGUUUUUUAACUAGUGUAAAUUUGCACUAUGUUCACAGGUCUAUGUGUUAAAGAGGCCUCAUGUUGACGAGUUUCUUCGCAGAGUUGGGGAGUUGUUUGAAUGCGUUCUUUUUACCGCUAGCUUAGCAAAGGUGAGACAAAAGAAUACGUAUCAUUGAAUUUUUACUCCAUCCAUUUUACGUCUGAGAUCUUUAAAUCGAUUCUCACUGUCUACACAUACCAGGGCCUAAAAUUAAAAAAUUCCUUUGUCCCCUUUUGGUACCAAAGUGACAGAAAAUUGGCCGCUAGCAGUAAAUUUUUUGUGGCUAAUUUAAAAGCUGCAUCUGUAUAAACCUGUAGGGACAACUGAUGUGAUUCUACAAAAAUGUGUAAAAAAUGCAGUAACUUUUUGCAAUGAGCUGGUACUAAAAAGAACAAACUGCAAUCGUGAAGGCAGAAUGUGUUUCAAGAGAUGGAGAUGUUUGAUGUCAACUUAACCCUUCAACUCCCAUGAGUUACCAAGACAGAAUUUCUCCUUACAACAUCAAUACAAAAUCAAGAAGACAAGAGAUGAGAACCAAGAAAAGUAUCAAUAAGGGAGUUAUAAGUUGAUCCAAUACCAAAUUCUCAGAAGUCACAUCAGAAGACUUGUAUAGCAGACAGUCGGGAGACAUACUAAUGACAUCUUGAGAGUUAAAGGGUUAAACCAAGUUUUGCAUUUUUUUUUUUUUUGUCAAAACAGAAGUAAAACUAGACAAUAUGAGGUACUUUUGAACUUGGGUCAUCUCAUUUUUGGUUUAACCCUUUAACUCUCAUGAGUGACCAGGACAGAAUUUCUCCUUACAAUAUUAACACAGAAUCAAGCAGACAAGUAAAAGAAUGAAGAAAAAAUACUCAAUUAGGGAACUACAAAUUGAUCCAAUACCAAAUUCUCCAAAUUGAAAUAAAGUAUUUUAUGCCAGAUAGUAGGGAGAAUUACCAAUGAGAUCUUGGGAGUCAAAGGGUGAAAACAUACAAAAAUAUAGUCCUUGAGGUGAUGACUAGACCAGACUUUUCACUUGCCUGCAAGAAAAUGUUACUCACAUUGAUGUCUGUAUAGGUUGCCAUCUUACACCCUACAUAUCCUAUUAUUUGAGCAUGAAGAAUUUGGUGUUAAAUCAAGCAACAUCUCCUUUUUUCAUCUGUUUCUUUCUUCUCAUCCUGUUAAUUCUUGUUGUUAAGAUAAACUUCAUUUUGGUCACUCCUUGGAGUGAAAGGGUGAAUGUCAAAGUUGUCGUGUGACGACUUAAAGUUGUGAGAUUGUUCCUUAAAGUAAAAUAUUAAUUGUAAGGGUUGAUCACCUAUGUAUAACAGUUUGUUUGCCCUUUCUCUGUUAAGAUAUCAACCAAGAUUCUCCUCAACUUUCUGCCAUACAUUUCUUAUUUUACUUGUUCUGAGAAUUUGGUGUUUCAUCAAGUGGUAUCUCCAAGAAGACAUUUGUGUCUAUGUUCUUCACCUGCCUGCGUGGUAGUGUACUUAUAUCAUAAGGGGAAAUUACACUCUCUUUGCUCCUGGAUGUUCAAGGGUUAACACGUUGUGUGCUUUUGUAGUAUGCUGACCCAGUCGCCGACUUGCUGGACAAGUAUGGAUCAUUUCGAGCCAGGCUCUUUAGAGAGUCUUGUGUGUUUCAUAGAGGAAAUUAUGUGAAGGUAGGCCUCUAGAAGUUCCACUUUCAUGUUGUUCUCCAUAUUUUAAUGUUCUUACCCAACACAAAAUAUUGUUAAAGGGAAUAAGUAUCGCAAGAAAUGGUGGUACUGCAUAGGUGAAGGAUAUAACAAGAUAAUUUGGUUUUUAAUAAUUUGACCACUGUAAAGAGAUUCUAAAGCUGACAUUUUAUGUGAAUAAAGGGCUAAUGCUCAAAACAUAAGCUUUACCUCAGUGUUUAAAAUAAAUCAACCCCCUCUUUUUCAUGACUUAUGUUUUGUGGAUUUGUUGUUUACACAGGAUCUUAGUAAACUAGGAAGGGAUUUAAAAAAGGUCCUAAUUGUGGAUAAUUCACCAGCAUCAUACAGUUUUCAUCCUGAAAAUGCAGUAAGUGUUGAUGUUUUUGGCAAUUUUGCAAUUCAUAACUUGUUUCAUUUCAUAGAUUAGAACAAAGAGAGUACCCUCACUGUCGUGAUAUCAGUAUGCAUAUUCUCCACUGUUCUCCAUGAAUUUCUGCUGGAGCUGAGGAGGAGAAUUUUUGUAAUAAUCAAGAGCCUCUUUAGUCUGUGAUCAUUUCUGUUAUUCUUAUGACCGUAAAGUGUGAUUCAGGGGUGAUAUUGUAAGGAGAAGUUAGAUGUUCGUCACUCUCAGGAGUGGAAGGGUGAAAACAAAUCAUCUGUUGCCCUGUUAUUUAUUUUCUAACCAAGCAACUUACUAAAGAAAGGUGUUCAAUCACUUUUUACAAGAUGUCCAUAAAAGCAUUGUGUAGUUUUGUGAAAGAAUAAUUACUUUUGAUAAAUGUUCAACUGUUUAAACUGAUUGUUUUAUUGCUGUUCCCAGAUUCCAGUUGCGUCUUGGUUUGACGACUUUUCAGACAUGGAGCUUUUGGAAUUAAUUCCCUUCCUUGAAUCAAUAAAUGAAGCUGACGAUGUCUGUGCAUAUUUGAGAAAUGCAAAUAUGAACACCCUAAAAGGGAGAUGUAAUUCCUUGGAACUCAACACCACUAGCUGAAUUUCAAGUACUCUUCAGAUUUUUAAUUAAAGAAUUUAACAUUUCUUUUUUUUUUUAAUGCCACUACAUAUGAAAAAGUUCUGAAAUUUGUCAUUGUGUCAAAUAAUUUAGUUACACAGAUUUAUGUCAUUCUCCCAACUUCUUCUGAUUUGGGCAGAAGGUAUUGAGUUCAUCUUGUUUCCAAAGCUUCAGUUACAUAUGUUUGGUGAAACAGAUGCCAAAAAGACUUCAACAAACAACAUCGUAGGUUCAGUACAAUCUUAGGAAGGUGAUGUUGACCAAAGCACUGAGAUCUGUGUUGCUUACCUGAAGGAUUACUGCUUUGAUGACAAGAUUGACAAAAAAGAAGUUUUUAACCCCUAAAUAUUUCUCAGGUUUUAUUUCUUGUUUUGUAGAAAUUAUUGUUUUAUAAAAAAUUUGGAUUAUUUUUAUCAUUACAUUUGUAAGGGUAUUUGGUCUUUCAAAACUUAUCAGUCGAAAACUUAAGUAAAUUUUAAUGACAAACAUUUCAGUAGUAAGAAUUGUGUGACUUUGAAGACGUACUGGAACGAUUGUGAAUGACUUUUAAAUGCCCUUGAAAAUUUCCUCUUUAGUCAUUAAUUUGAGGUAACAAGAAGAUGUAGUGAAGAGCCAUUCACUGUAUUGGUUUUUGUAACAUAUUCUUGAAAUGCUAAACUAUGCCAUCUUACAUUUUAUACGUAGAUCACAAUACUCUAAGAACCUAGGAAACAUUUUUGUUUGAAUGCAGGUGUUAUUAA